ACCACUCUUCCCCCUCCAUGUGUGUGCCACUAGCCUCUGUGUCUCUCUAGCAGAGAAUAGAAAAGUUGGGACAAAAUCUGAAGCAGCUACAGGAGCUUCCAGGCAGCCAGAGCAACUCCUGAUUUCCCUCUUUUUGGACUUCUCCCUCACCCAUUUACUCUUUCUAUUAUUUUUUUUCUAUUUUUUUUACACACACACACAUACACACAGCAGCAGCUGUCACUCCUGCUACUAAACCAGGGGGAAACUGUUCCACACUUCUGCUUCCAGCUGCUCACCCCAGACCAUCACCAGACGCUUUCCCCAGGAUGUGGACUUUUCUCUUGGGGGUCAUCUUUGGAUUACUGGCCUCCUGCAGGUCGGAUCAACUUCAAGUGAAUUCCCGAGGCUGCACCUUUGCUGGAGUGUUCAAGGCUGAGGGAGCAGACCGUCAUUCUUUGAACUUCAGCAUGGCGGAAAAGGUGUGUGAACAGCUGGACAGCGUCAUGGCAAGUCAAGAGCAACUGCAGGAAGCUUAUGACAACAAGAUGGAAACCUGCAGGAAUGGCUGGUUCAGCAAUAAGAGCAUAGCCAUCCUCAGACACAGCCAUCAUGAAAGGUGUGCAAGGAACGCGACUGGAUUCCUUAUUUUUUCAAAUGUAUACCUCAGUGAGACCUUUGACGUCUACUGUUAUGAUAGCGAAGCUGGCCUUGAGAAGAACUGCACGAAAUUCUUCACUUUGUUGCCUCCCUCACCUUCUCCAGGUGAGGAACAACCACAGUCUGAUGAAGAGCCAGGGAUGGCAAUAACACCUGAUGAUGCUAUUUAUGGUGGGGCAGGUGUCUCCACGGUAGCCGGGGAGAAAGAUGAUCUGGAGGAGAUGAAUACAUUUGCAACUAUUUUUCAUGCAUCGCUGACUACAGUGGACCCAGAAGCUACGAAUGAGGGUCCUGAAAGGAAUGGUACCGGCAGUGGAGGUUCCAAUUUCACUUUUGAAUCCCUCGACUCAGCUCCUGGAUCUGGGAUGCCACCAAAUUCCAUUGAGGAUGAAAGAGGUUCCCUAGUGACCCCUUUCGGUGUGCUGGAGAAAACACAGCCGCCCACAGAAGGGGGAAGUACUGGCAAACCAAUAGAAGACAACAUCAAACUUGCACCACAAGGACCUAAUGGGAAGGGACAGGCCCGGGCUCGGGAUGAUCCAGAAGACAACGGCAGUUCCAACUGGCUGGUAGUCAUCGGAGUGAUUGUAGCAGUUGCUGCUAUUCUUUUCGUAUGCGCAGUUGUCGCCAAAAGAAAAAGCUGGUGUGGCAGGCAAAAGACCCUGGUCAUCACAUCCAAAGAGGGAAGUGGUGGCAAUGGGGCAGCGGCGGCUUCCAGCUCCCACAACCAGGACACGGAGCAGGAAAUGGUCACCCUCAUGAACAAGGAGAAUAUCCAGGAAAACGGCAACACUGAGGAGUUCACCGUCAUCGCAUUAGAGGAGUCACCAGAUAAAGACCAGCAGGCGUGAGCUUCAGGUGCAGAAGAACAUGGCGAGUGGCGGAGACAGUGUUGGGACGGUAGACGAGUUGCAGGCGGAGCGCUAAACGCUGGGUUUGUACACUGUUUUUGGUGGCCAGCAUGGAGAGGACACUGAAUAAGCGUGAUUAAGUGUGUUUCUUUCCACAAUCUUAUCCUGAAGCGAUUGCUUCUCGGUGGAACAAGCUUUUUCGAAUCAGCAUGUGCAGCAUUUUGUUUGUCUAAUGUGUGAUUGUACUUAGGACUGAAAUGUGUCCAUUUAUGCAUUUCCUUGGUGGUUUGGCUGCGUAGUUGCAGACUUUAAGGGUGGGUGAGGGUUGAUUCAUGAAGAAAGUACCGGUUACAGAUAUACAUAUUUCCCAUCCUUUAUACUUUGAUGGAAUCUAAAACAUUGGCUUGUUUAUCCUAUUUGGGAAAUAAUAGAUCAACAAUGAUAUUUUUUUCCCUUGGGUAUAUUUUGAGAGCAAGGCUUGGUGUUUCAAUUUCAAUCCCAUUUGAGUUUGUCUAGCACAAUUUUUACAAGAAAGGUCAUCUCAAGGCAGUUUUCACAGGUUUUUUUCUGUGUUAUUUGUAUUAGAUUAUUGUUGUUGCGUCUGAAUAUUUCAGCCAUCGCCUGCAGACUGAGUUUUGGACUUUCCAUUUUGAAGAAAACUAGGGAUGUAACUCUUAAAUUAUGACUCUUUCUUGUUGAACUCUGUACAUAAAGCAUAUCUUUGAAAAUAAAAAAGCUUCUUUUUGAUAUUUAGUAGGACGGGGCUUCGGUCCCCUCAAUUGAAGGAAUGCAUCUAGCUUUGAGUCUUAUUUAAUUUUGACUUUUGAACUUUCAACUUUACCUCGGUGGUAAAUGUUUCUGAAAGGAUUUUGCAAUAGUAAAAGUGAAGUGUAUAUAGUAUGAAUCAACUUCUUGUACAGUUUUCAAAAUUGUGCAAUUUGUGCACCACUGAAACUGGUUAAUAUUUUAUUGGGUUGAGAUAUGAUAAUAUAUUGAUGUUAUCCUGAGGAUAAAAACAAUUAUAACGAUAAUGUAUACCUAUGAUAUGCACGACUGUAUACACUGAAUAGUAAAAAAGAAGAAAGAUAGAAAGGAAGAACUCAAACAUUGAUCAUUUCUGAAAGCAAGCUAAUGAAUGACUGAGCUGUAGAUACCAGAAGCAUAACUGUAAAUGUAAAGUAAUGUCAAAAGCUUCUUCAUGGGAAAAGAGACUUCGACAACACUGUCUGUAUACUCACCGAGGGGCGGGGAUGUAGUGAAUGAAGCUCGUGUGCUUUGCAUCUUGUGUAUGAGCUGCUCUUGACAUUCAAACAUGUACAAAAAUUGCUCCUGUUUAUUUUUGGGUUGUUUUUUGUUGUUGUUUUUUUUUUGUACUGACUUUAUCUUAGGUUGACUUUUCAUUGCUUGUGUCAUAUCAAUAUUAUUCCCUUUGUGUGAGUAAUUUGACAACUUUAUUUUAUUUCUUUUGCAUGAUUCAGUGUUAAGCAGAAUAAUAUAAAACAAUUGCAAACACAGUUGUUUUUCUUUUUAACUUGUUCCUACCCCCAUCUGCUCUGCUUUGAGGAUAGUAGCAGCUGUACUAGUGUAGACUGGUUUGAAGAUACAUUAACAAAUAACGUUGCUAAAAAGAUUUGUGAAGUCAUGACUGAAAUAAAUGUGUAUAAACAUU